GGGCCUGUGGUGCCCCCAAGGCUGCCCAGCCUGUGUCUCCUGCAGCUCGGUGGGAAGGAGGAGGAGGAGGAAGAGGAAGAGGAGCUGACUGAGAGGAGUGAGCAGGACUCUGGGAUCAAUGAGGAGCCGCUGCUGACAGCUGAGCAGGUCAUCGAGGAGCUGGAGGAGCUCAUGCAGAGUUCACCCGACCCCGAGGCUGACCCCGAGGGUGAAGAGGAAGAGGAGGAGGAGGAGGAUGAGGAGGAGGAGGAAGAAAGCAAGGCUGAUGCUGAAGGCAAAGGUGGUGGUGGGGGCACGGAGCCCAUCGUGCUGCGGGAGCUGCAUGCUUUCUCCCCUGCCCUCAACAACAACUGCUCCCACGAAGGUACGGCCAGCAAAGCCCAGGCCAGUCACUUUUUGGGGACAAUUCCAACCAAAUUGGACAACGGUGACACCUGGUUGUCCCCACAGCGCUUCAGCAUGGAGGGCAUCUCCAGCAUCCUGCACUCCGGCCUGCGCCAGACCUUUGGCCCUACCACCAAUGAGAAGCAGUACCUGAACACGGUGAUUCCCUAUGAGAAGAAGGGCUCACCACCCUCCGUUGAGGACCUGCAGAUGCUCACCAACAUCCUGUUUGCCAUGAAGGAGGGGAAUGAGAAGGUGCCCACUCUGCUCACGGAUUACAUCCUCAAAGUGCUCUGCCCGACCUGACGCGGUGCUGCCCCCACGCUCCCACCCCGGCGCCUCCAAACGGGGCCAAACCCCAGGACAAAGGGUCACCCCCCCGUGGCUGCCCCACCCCGCACUCCCCCCUUUGCACAGCUGGGAAUAAAGAAUUCCUUACGUUAAUUAGGCAA